GUCAGAUCUCAAGUUAGUAAGCUUUCGUCGCUUGAGUUUGAACGUUGACUUUGGACUUUUUUGAGAACAGGAAAAUGGGAAAAAUUAUUUUGUACGGUAUCGAAGCUAGUCCCCCAGUUAGGGCAGUUUUACUUACCCUCGAAGCCCUCAAACUAGACUACGAAUUCAAAUUAGUAAAUUUACUAACCGGUGAAAAUAAAUCUGAGGAAUUUGAGAAGAAGAAUCCCCAACAUACUGUUCCAGUUCUGGAGGACGAUGGUCAUUGCCUGUGGGACAGUCAUGCUAUUGCGGCUUACUUAGUCAGCAAAUAUGGCAAAAAUGAUGCUCUCUAUCCGAAGGAGCCUUUGAAACGUGCUGUUGUUGAUCAACGUUUACACUUUGAUUCGGGAGUUUUAUUCGCUAACAUGAGGAACAUAACAGCUCCUCUAUUUUUCAAGAACGUCACCGACAUUCCACAGGAGAAAAUUGAUUUACUCUAUGAGGGAUUGAACUUCUUGGAGAACUUUUUGGUACAUGACUACGUAGCUGGAGAUACCUUGACCAUAGCGGAUUUUAGUGUUUUGUCAACUGUAACAACAUACGAAGCAGUAGCUCCAAUCGAUGCAACCAAGACUCCUAAAUUGGUCGCCUGGAUAAAGAGAAUGUCAAAGUUACCGUAUUAUGAGAAGGCUAAUGGCAAGGGUGCUGAAGUUUGCACUCAAAUGUUAAAAGCAAAAUUGGCCUCAAAGUGAAUAAAACAUAAUUUUUUUUGUUAUCAUAAGAAUGUAGAACACUAUUAAUUUAUAAAUAAAAAAAUUCUCAGCACCUUCAAA